AUGAUGGGCAUGGGGGAUUAUUGUUAUUGGGGGCCCACGGCGGCGACCUCCGAGGAUGGCUGGAGAAAGGGCCCAUGGACCGCCGAAGAAGACAAACUGCUUAUCCAAUAUGUCAAUGUCUACGGUGAAGGAAGAUGGAAUAACGUCGCCCGGUUUGCAGGGCUGAAAAGGAAUGGUAAAAGCUGUAGAUUGAGAUGGGUUAACUACUUGAGGCCAGACCUCAAGAAGGGCCAAAUUACACCGAGUGAAGAGAAAAUAAUCGUCGAGCUGCAUGCUAAAUGGGGCAACCGAUGGUCGCAAAUUGCAAAAUGCCUGAAAGGAAGAACAGACAACGAGAUCAAGAACUACUGGAGGACUCAUUUCAAGAAAAAGACCAAAUCGCCCUCGGACAACCCUGAGAAGGUCAAGGCGAGGCUGCUCAAAAGGCAGCAAUUUCAGCUGCAACAGCAACAAAUGCACGAAAAAGGACAAUGCAACAUGGGAAAUUUCACGUCGUCAUGGGCCAACGAGGGCAACAACAAUCACCCGACUACCCAACAAACCGAGUUUCCAAACGCAAAUGAGGUGAUCGAUAAUUGCGCAACUCUGGCUGAGGAUAUUAUUACAUGGGAUAUCGAUGGAUUGUGGGAUUUUGGCGAUUUGCUAGCGAGCAUCAACAACGAAAACGGUGAUUUCCAGCAUAAUAAUUUUGGCACAACUAACUAA